UGAAAUAUUUAUUUUACAGCAUGCUUACUCUCCAGGAAAUUAAAAGCUUACCACCUGACAGCAGUAAGGUGUGUCCAACAGCCAAAGUUGUGGUGUUGGACAUAAGUGAAAUAGAACCAGCAACACCAAGAUGUAAAGCCAAAUUUUUUGUUAUUGUAGCCGACCAAACUGCUUCCAUCUCGUGCACUGUAUACGAUAUAUCACAGAGACAAAAACUCAUCAAGAACAUGGCAGUUGUCUUAGUAAAUAUUUUGAUUAAGCAAUCAUAUAUUGCUGUAACAGAGAGAACUGAAGUUGGUAUGUGCAAGUCAUUUGACAUUCCAGAAGAAGUCCGACAAAAUGCAGCCAAACUACCAGGGGACCAGGCGAUGAAUAUUGAAAUGGCUAAACAUUCACCUGUUAAAACUCUAACGAAUAUCAAGGGAAAGGUCGUUAAUGUAUACCCCUCAGUAACCAAGGACAUAAACGAUGACACAUUACAAUUGCAAGAUAUUGUAAUAAAAGAUCAGAGUGGAAGUGUAACACUUGCAUUGGGGGAUAAACAUGUAAAUAAAUUUGAGAAAGGCCAGAUUAUAAAGGUGACUAAAUGCCGAGUUAAAUUGUUCAAUGGGGAUAAGAAAUUGUCAACAACCCGAUCAACAAACUGUGACAUCUUAGGUUAG